AUGCCUCACUUUGGAUUCCAGAGGCCCGGAGCUUGGCUGGACCUGCCUUCUGGGACCUGGCCUUGCACUGCCUUAUUUUCUCUUCUCUUCAUCCCUGUCUUCUCCAAAGAGAUGCAUGUGACCCAACCUGCAGUGGUCCUGGCCAACAGCCGGGGUGUUGCCAGCUUCGUGUGUGAGUAUGGCUCUUCGGGCAAAGCUGAUGAGGUCCGGGUGACAGUGCUGCGUCUGGAAGACAGUCAGAUGACUGAAAUCUGUGCUGCAACAUACAUGGUUGAGGACGAGUUGAAUUUCUUAGAUGAUUCCUCUUGCGUUGGUACCUCUAGUGGAAGCAAAGUCAACCUGACCAUCCACGGGCUGAGAGCCACAGACACAGGACUCUACUUCUGCAAGGUGGAGCUCAUGUACCCCCCACCCUACUAUGCAGGCAUGGGCGAUGGAACCCAGAUUUAUGUCAUUGAUCCAGAACCAUGCCCAGAUUCUGAUUUUCAACUCUGGAUCCUUGCAGCAGUUAGUUCAGGGUUGUUUUUUUACAGCUUCCUCAUCACAGCUGUUUCUUUGAGCAAAAUGCUAAAGAAAAGGAGCCUUCUUACUACAGGGGUCUAUGUGAAAAUGCCCCCAACAGAGCCAGAAUGUGAAAAGCAAUUUCAGCCUUACUUCAUUCCCAUCAAUUGA